GCUCUGAGGACUUAGGACCUGUUAGCUUGGUUGGGCGACUAGCAAAUCCUUCCUUCCCGGAGGUAGACGUCUGCGGUGAGAAAUUGGUUCCGAACUCAAAGGAACCCAGCGUGGGGCGACAGCCGAGUCACGUGGCCGGCGGUCCCCAUGACGUGCUGGCUGCGGGGCGUCACUGCGACGUUUGGGCGACCUGCCGAGUGGCCAGGCUACUUCCGUCACCUGUGUGGUCGUGGUGCUGCAAUGGACCUGGGACCCAUGCGCAAGAGUUACCGCGGGGACCGAGAGGCAUUUGAGGAGACUCAUCUGGCCUCCCUGGACCCAGUUAAACAGUUUGCUGCCUGGUUUGAGGAUGCUGUUCAGUGUCCUGACAUAGGGGAGGCCAACGCCAUGUGUCUGGCUACCUGUACCAGAGAUGGAAAACCCUCUGCCCGCAUGUUGUUACUGAAGGGCUUUGGCAAAGAUGGCUUCCGUUUCUUCACCAACUUCGAGAGCCGAAAAGGAAAAGAGCUGGACUCGAAUCCCUUUGCUUCCCUUGUCUUCUACUGGGAGCCACUUAACCGUCAGGUGCGUGUGGAAGGCCCUGUGAAGAAGCUGUCCGAGGAGGAGGCUGAGUGCUACUUCCACUCCCGCCCCAAGAGCAGCCAGAUUGGGGCUGUGGUCAGCCACCAGAGUUCUGUGAUCCCUGAUCGGGAGUAUCUGAGAAAGAAAAAUGAGGAACUGGAACAGCUCUACCAGGAUCAAGAGGUGCCCAAGCCAAAAUACUGGUAUCUGUGCUUUUCUUCAUUCUGAGCUUCAGGUUCCUGUUCCCGCAGCAGCUCCUGGAGUCACCGUGAACCUGAAACCCAGCCCCUCCCAGCUAAGUAAACAGAAGCAGAGGCCGGCUCAGACUAAUGAAUAUUCAUCAUGCCGGAAAUCCAAUCCCAGCGCCCAUGCAUCACCCAGAAGCCGGGGACCUCCAGGGACUGCCACACUGGAGGAGGGAAUCCCAAGGGAGAUCUGGAGUGGCGGAGCACAGGAGGCUCUCUCUCAGUUUCCCCACUGUUGGGUGUCUGGUUGCACUUCCCAGCUGUAGCCAAGGUCACUCUACGCAUUUCAUCUUCCAAGGAAGCUCAGAUCCCUCUCCAGCAUGGACCACCACCUAGAUGUUGCCCAGGUCACAACCGGGAAAGGGUUAAGGGCUGCUGCUUCCAUUGGCAGGCUGGGUAGGACGGGGUGCACCCCAGCUUCCUUUGAACUCCCUGAGUCGAAACCAGUCCCUGGUUAAACUGGUUGGCAGACCGGUUCCCAGGCUGUCACUCCCCUGCCUGAAGGCCUCAAAAUGGGGACUGGGGCUUCCUCCUGACCCAAAGAGCCCCUCCUUAAAAUCUCCCUAGGGAGAAAAAAAGGGAUACCAGCCUCUCCUUGGGUCAGGCUCUCCAGACCCACCACAACCUCAAACAUUGUUAUCCCUCUCCCGCUUUGCUUGGAGGUGGGGCCGCAAGGCCCUUGAGAUCAGAUGCAGAAUUCCAUGUUUGUGGGCAGGGGCAUUGACUUUUCUGCAUAGAUUAUACUCGUAUCGGACUCUCAAAAAGACCUGUGACGGUCUCUCCACUAGCAAAGUACCACUGGCUUCAACUCCUCCCAGCAUCAAUCGAAAGGGCCUUCCUAGAUAUUAUACAGUUAGCAAAACCUGGAGCAAGUUCUCAAGGAAAGGAGAGAUGGGCCCCUAGUGAGGCUGGAAGAGAAGGAAAGGCAAGAAGGCAGGGGAUGGGCACUUGGUUGGGAACAGGGCAGAGUGUGUGCGCACAGGGGCGAUCGUCCUCACUGAUUUGCAACCACACUCCCCCUGUAAACCCACCAUCGGCCAAGCCUGUGUGCAGCCCUCAGCCAGGGCUGCUUUUGCGGAUGGCUCUGUGCCUGGGGAACAUUGCUUUGCAGCCACCCAGGGUGGCCUCUCCUGUUUGCAUUUGCAUUCUCUCUCCCCUUGGAUGGACAUCUCUGGAGAGUAGAAAACAUCUGCUGCAUACUCAAUGUCUCUGCCACUCCUGGGCCCAGUGCUGCCCAGCUCAGGUGCCCAAUCCACGCACCAGCUACCUUCCUUCAGGAACUGGGGGCAUGCGUAUCAGGCACAGAGUGAGGCAUGAAGUAAAGAAAGGCAUAAAAUCCCCCCUUUCCCUGGCUCUCCCUCUAAAUUACAUUUGAAAUCCCAGCUCACUAACUCUAAGAGCUGUCCUCCAGCUCCAAUCCUGCUUCUACCGACACUCCAGCUUCUGAUGGCCUCUUGGAUUUGUAUUCUCCUCCAUCGGAAAUAGCCCCUCUUCCCUUAAAAUGUCUUUGGGUGGACAGUCCUCCAAAGGCUCCCCACAGCCCAUAGCAGAACCCACUUGGCCUGACUCUCCUAGGAUGGGGCCUCUGCAGCCUCCUCUCAUGCCCACCUCCCCAUUCCAACUGUCCCUGAAUAGUAGACUCUUCUCUGCCUGUCUUGGUAGGCACAAGGCUGCCUUAGAAUGGUGAGAUUAGAAGUGCUGGCUGUGCUCUUGGGUAGCAAUGUCCUUCCCAUCACCUGUGUGACCCAAGACAAACUCCUAUUCAUCCCUCAAAACCUGAAUUAAUGAUUACACCUUCCACCCUACCAGAAGUUUUCUUGUUUCCCUUUCUGUGUUCCCAUAGAACCUGCUCAUAUACUUCUAUUUAACAUGAUAUAUAUACCAUGAUUGAUUUCCACUUAUAAACUUUUAGCUCUUUGAGCCCAGAAUUAUGUAUCACUGAUACAGGCCUGACAUAUAGUAGGUACUUAUGCAAACCUGAAAAUACGAAUGAGAAACACAAACAUUGUUUUUACCCAAAUAAACUGUUAAUGUAGCCAAUGGCUUUGUCCCAGUCUCCCUGGGGCAGGUAAACGUGCAAGAAAACCCAUUUAUUUGCCUUCUUGCGGUUCCAGCUACAGCUGACUUGCUGUCAUGCUAUCAUCUCCCUGGGGGUUGAUUCGAAUUGAAGGGUAUUAUUUUGCAAGGUCCCCUGCCUCUAGUGCAAAGUACACACAGCUGUCCCAGAAAGGUGCCACAGCUUCCUAGAUCUGUCACUUUCUAUGAAAGCCUGGUCUACUCAGAAAGUGGGUAUCUGGUUCAGAAGACAAAAACUCCUUCCAGCUCAGGUGUUGGGAAGAGACCAGAAGGCUGGUGAGAUGGGCUUUGGUCUGGGGGACAGUAACCCCAGAGUCAGGUCCCCAUUUCCCAGCUAUAGAGAAAAGGGUUUGCUAAUUCUGCGUGCCUCAGAGAUCCCAGCCUCUCUGAUGUCUGACCCAGGGGAGCAGAUUCCUGUUCUCUUGGCCCCACACUACAGAAGGAGCCCCCAUAAGUGCCAUGGCAGGCCCACUAGUGGCUCCCCUUUCCCAGGCACCACCAGGACCAGGUGCCGGGGUGAGGCUCUAGCACAUUACCCAGGGAGGGGUCAGCCUGGGAAGUCAGGCCCAACCCCUGGCCUUCAGGGUAUUUAUUUCUGGGAGGAGCAGCGUUGGGAGGAGAGUUUGAGAUAACGCUGUGAGCUAUAAAUAUCACUCUUCACAUACAGGCCACUUAAUUGCUUUAUAAAAAUUGUUACCUUUGUCCGGCAAGGUGGCUCAGGUCUAUAAUCCCAGCACUUUUGGGAAUGUGAGGGUGGAGGGGCAGAUCACCUGAGGUCGGGAGUUGGAGACUAACCUGACCAACAUGCAGAAACCCCAUCUCUGCUAAAAUACAAAACUAGCCAGGCAUGGUGGCGCAUGCCUGUAAUCCCAGUUACUCUGGAGGCUGAUGCAGGAGAAUCGCUUGAACCCAGGAGGCGGAGGUUGCAGUGAGCUGAGAUGGCACCAUUGCACUCCAGCCUGGGCAACAAGAGCAAAACUCCAUCUCAAAAAAAUUUUUUUUUAAAUCUCAGCUUGGGCCAGGCGCAGUGGCUCAUGCCCAUAAUCCUAGCACUUUGGGAGGUUGAGGUGGGCAGAUCACGAGGUCAGGAGUUCAAGCCUAGCUUGGCCAAAAUGGUGAAACACCGUCUCUAAAAAAUAAAAUAAAAUAAAAACUAAAAAUAAAUAAAUAAAUAAAUCUCACCUUUAAGCACACCUUUCUAAAACUAGGUUUAAGUGUAACACGCCAUAUACAAACACGCAGUAGGCACAUUUUCAGAAAUGUGUUCUUGUUGAGUAAAGCAAGUCAAAUUCACCUAAAGGAGCCCCAAGGACCUUGUUGCUCUUUUGGGGUACACAGCCAUGAGGCCCCAUUGAAUUACAAAUCCAGUUGGCCUGGCACAUCCAUCCCAUUUUACUAACCUCUGCCCAGCAAGUAGAUCUAGGCUUCAAGGAUAUUUCUUCCCCAAAACAGAGACAAGAGAGGUGCUGCCAUUCUCCUCAGCACUCCCCUUUUUCUGGAAGGACAGGAGACCAGAGAUCCUGGGGGUGUCCAGCCUGGUCGAGGUGACAAGCAAGGCAAAACCAAAGAUCAGUCUCUGGUGGGCUACACCAGGUCAGUGGGGAGUGGGGGCAGGCAGAAGCUGCAUUCUGAUCUGAGGUGGGUGGUGGGGCUGCCACUGGAGGUGGCUUUCUCCUUGUUUUCAUUCGAGGUGUCCCCUUCAAGGAGAUCUCAGCAGGAAGUGGCAGUAUAAGCAGCCAAUAUUAGGGGGAUGUGUUCCAGGCACUCUCCCAGAUGUUCCAUAGGUGUGAACCCUUGAUUCCCCCAUGGCCACCCCCAGGUGGAUUCUCUGACCAGUACACCCAUUCAUGUCCCCUCAGCAAUUUUCCUGUUGCUUUUUUGCAUUCAUUUCCUGUGGCUGCCAUGAGUUACUGCGAGCUCCCUGGCUUGAAACAACAGAAAUGGACUCUUCUGACCUAUCCAAUAAGUCAGAAGUCAGAAAUCAGUUUAACUGGUCAAGACCAAGGGGUUGGCAGUGCCAUGAUUCCUCUGGAGGUUCCAGGGAGAACCUGUCCUUGACUCCUCCAAACUCCUGGUGACUGCAGGCACUCCUGGGCUUGUGGCCACACCACUUCCGUGGGUCAGGCUAACCUCCCUCCACUUCUCUCUUAUAAGGACACUUGGGAUGGAUGGCAUUUAGGAUCCACCCAGAUGAUCCAGGAUUCUCUCCUCACCUCAAGAUGUUUAACAUAAUCACAUGUGCAAAGAAUCUUUUUCUAUUAUUCUUUUGCUAUGAAUAAGGUCACAUUCAUAGCUUCCAGAGGUUUGAAAUGGUUAUCUUUGGAGGGGUCAUUUUUCAGCCUUCCACAUUCUUCAUUCAGACCACUUCUCUGUAUUGUCAGAUUUAAGUGCGCCUCCCACAUCCUUUUUCAGGGAAGGACUUGCUGCCAGGUCACAGGAGCAUGGUCAGCAGUUGGCCAUCAGCUCCUUCGAGGUCUGCCUCAGCAACAGAAAGCUACCUUGCCGGAGGGGCAAGGUGCCCCUUUGGGGCAGCGCUCUUCUAGGGAUAUAAAAACCCAGCCAUUUCAGCCCCAUGAAGAACAUGCUCAGGGGCAAUAUUCACUCAGAGGCCCCCACCAUAUUAACUGAAGCUUUACUGAGCCUGCAGUGCAGUUGGAUUUCUGCCUCGCCCAGUCCUGCUUCCAUCUGGUUCCUCUCACAGGAAAUGAUUCCUAAUAAACAUCUCGACCCCAAAACACCACCUACUACUGUAGAAUGCAACCCAUGACACAGAUGUUUCCAUUUUUGCCAGUAUGGUGGAGGUGAGGUGGUCUACUUCAUGUCAUUUAUUUAUUUAGAGAGAGAGUCACACUGUGUUGCUGCAGUGGUGCCAUCUUGGCUCACUGCAACCUCCACCUUCCAAGCGAUUCUCCCACCUCAGACUCCCAAGUACCUGCACUUACAGGUGCACACUACCACACCCAGCUAAUUUUUGUAUUUUCAGUAGAGACGGGGUUUCCCCAUGUUGGCCAGGCUGGUUUUGAAUUCCUGACCUAAAGUGAUCCACCCACCUUGGCUUCCCAAGGUGCUGGGAUUACAGGUGUGCACCAUCGUGCCUGGCCAGUGUCCUUUAUAUUUGCAUUUCCCUAGUGUACUGGAUUUAACAGUGUCCCCAAAAAUUCACAUCCACUCAGAACCCCAGAAUGUGACCUGCUUUGAAAAUAGGGUUUCCAGAUGUGGUUUUCAAAUGUGGUCAUCCUGGCUGAGGAAUAGUGUUCUUACAAGAAGAAUGUCAGGUGACAAUGGAGGCCAAGAGGGAUGUACCUGCAAGCCAAUGACACCAAGGCCUGCCAGCAGCUGCAGAAGCCAGGAGAGAGGCACAGAGACCUUCUCUGCAAGGAACUAACUGUUCUGACACCUGGAUUUCAGACUUCAAGCCUCCAGAACUGUGAGAGAGUAAAUUUCUGUUAUUUUAAGCCA